AGAAGAUGUAUCUUAUGCACUUCUCAGUGACAAAGAAAUGCAGGAAGAAAGUCAUAAUGAAACUUAUCCAAAGAGCAAAAACCAUGUAAAAAUAACUUACGAUGUUCAAAAAGAAGAAAAUGAAUGUUGAUAUUCACCAUGCCAACCCCAAAUCUUUUAUUCAGACGAGCAUGUAAAAGACAAUGUGCUGAUAAGACAAAAUAAUAGUCAGGACGUCACCAAGUUUGGAGAUAGCAAAUUGUUUGAGUUGGAUUUUGAUAAGGAGCUUACUGAAGAUGGUACCCCCUCUGAUUCUGACGUCACUAUGGAGGAAUGUCUUCGAAUUUUCAAUGAGUUCACAGAAAGUGAAAUUCAUAAGGGAGAGACCACAAAGCAGGCUUCAGGAAAGCACAUGGAAUUGGAUAUGUUGUAUUACAAAAACACUUUUGGAAGGAAAAAGAGAAUUGCACACACUGCCAAGUUUGAUGCUCCCGCCAGUAAGGAGAUCAUCAGCUCGUUCAGGGGACCAGUCUCACCGCUAACUUGCCACACUGGAAUCCUCCGGGCCCAGCAACAGGCAGUGAGGAUAACGGCUGCCGUUAACAGUGGGCAGGCUUUUGUUGCUGCGACUUCAGAACAGAAGAAAAACGUUUCUGCAUGUCAAGCCUCUCAAGCCCAAAGAACAGCCUCAGGAGAAAAUUCACUUGCAUCAAACAGCCUUCAUCUGGAUGUAGCUCUUUCAGGGGAAAACCUGACAGAAAAACCACGCAGAUCUCACAUUCCUGUGAAAAGUAUUGCUUCUUUUCCUGUAAAGAUGCCAAAAUAUAAGGUGGCUAACCAGAAGCAGGCUUUGGUAACGUCAGAAGCCUCAUCCAAAAUACCUGAAGAAACAAGACAACGCUGUAUCAGCCUCUUUUUUGAGAAGUAUUUGAAAGUUUAUGGAAAGAAGCAUGAGGCUUUUAACAAGGCAAUAAUAGAAGAAAAGGCCAUUUCUGAACGCUGUGGCAGUAAAAAUACGUAUGUGAACAAAGCAAUAAAUGCUCUUAAGAAGCUGAGAGAUCAAGAUGUGUCUGGAAGUGGUAACAACAAGACAACUGGAUUUAAAAAGAAUGAAAAGAAAAAUGAACUCACAGGAAUUAUUCUCUACAGACAUCUUAAAGACUACCUCCUAACUGAAGAACAGUUACAUGAAAAUAACUACCCCCAACCAAACCCUGACAAACCAGGGAGUAUUCGUUUAAAUCCAAGCAUGACAAAAACUCCUGGAAAUGAUGCUUCUAAGAAGAUCUGUUGUCGCUGUGGCAAAAUAUAUGGUGUGACUCCCUCCGGCAAACACAUUAGGAUAGAGGAAUGUAACUACCACUUUGGCCGGGUGUUGGGUCAUAAAGUCCCUGGAGGCUUAGAAACUCGGUACAGCUGUUGUGAAGGUGUCCUUGGAUCCCCCGGGUGUCAGGUUGCCAAGCUUCAUGUUCACGACCAAAAGGAGAACCUAGGGGGCUUUGUGAAGACUUUUGUCAAGUUCCCACCCCCUGAAGGUAAUCAUGGCAUGUUUGCAGUGAAUUGUGAGGUGUGCUAUACAGCCAAAGGCUUAGAACUUAUUCAAGUGACAGUGGUUGAUCCCAGCCUCCAGGUGGUCUAUGAUACAUUUGUGAAACCAGAUGAAGAAGUCAUUGACUAUAACACUAGGUUUUCUGGUGUGGUGGAAGAUGACUUGAAGAACACUAAAACAUCAAUCCGUGACGUGCAAGCCAUCUUGUUGAAUAUGUUUAGUGCUGACAGUGUACUAAUUGGACAUAGUUUUGAGCAUAGUCUGCAUGCUCUUAAGUUAAUUCACAGUUCAGUUGUGGACACGGCAGUUAUGUUUCCUCAUCGGCUAGGCUUGCCUCACAAGAGAUCCUUUAAAAGCCUGGUAGCUGACUACCUGCGGAGAAUCAUUCAGGACGGUGGUCACAAUUCUAGUGAAAAUGCAACAGCUUGCAUGGAACUGGUCCUCUGGAAAGUAAAAGAAGACUUGAAAGGAAAGAAAUAAUCACUUUGCCCAAGAACAUCUUAAAUUACCACUUCAGUGACUGACCCUCUGGUUUCCACUGCUGGCUAUAGAGUUUGGUCUAUGAAGGUAGGGAGGUUUUUGGCACUUUCCAAAAGAAAAGGACUAAAAUACUAUUGAUGCUUAUUUUUUUACGUAUGUUAAAAAUUAAAAUCUCACAGUGAUUUAUAAAGUGGGAGCUUGGGGGAAAUUAAGCUGGCUUGAAAUUUUUACUCAUCUUCCUAAAUGGUGUGGUUCACUGUGUGAAUAAUAGUGGAAGAUGGUUUAGAGUUGGAGUGAAGGGUCCAUGACUUUCCCAAAAGUAAUUUCUUAGACUACCUCCAUUUCUUUUUCUUUCUAAACACUUGAAACCAUCACCUAAACUGCUUGGAAUUAAAAAAAGAAACCCUGAUAAAAUUGUCACAGUUUAUCUUAGCUCUCCUAUACAGAGAUAGAAAUGGAGAUUUUUCGUCACAGAAUAUCUGGAAGUGAAUGUAGAAUUUUCGGUGCACUCUGUUGACAUAAAGGUGUUGGUCAUUUGGCUAUCGUGUAAUGUGUUUUAUUCUAAAUAGAUGUACUGUUACUUGUUUAUAAACUUAUAUCAACAACUCAGUAAUACCUUUAAAAAGGCAGUGAUAUAUUUAAUGGUCUUCUAAAUACAGUAAAUUGUAAUCUAUAUUCCCAAUACAUGAAUUGCCUAAUCCCUUUAAGGGGUUAGUUCCUCUUAAUUGCUUUUUGAUAAUGUGUAAACUGGCCUAUGUAAACUAUAUGACUUGAUUCAAUUCGUCUAUUUACCUUUUGGAAAAGUUCAUGAAUCUUCAAUAUCAAUGCUGUUAAUGUGCCACAAGGUUUCUUUGCCAGUGGUGUAGGUGAGUCACAAGGUAAUGAAUAGGAUGGCCUCUGUGGCAGAAGUGAAUUGAUUGCCUUCUGACAGUUGGCUGUGAUGAUAUACCCUCAAUAAAUACACCUCAAGUUUGCUGCCUUGGUGUUUUGAACUUAAUUAAAUCUCAGUCAUCACUCAGUACC